CUUCUAUCUCCCACCUCCUGAGCUCUCAAUAGAAGCCCUAAAAUCGAAGCGCUCGCUCUCGUCCCCCCAAACUUCAAAACAGCUUGUCAGUGUUCUCACAUAGCAAAGCAAGUGUUUUGCACUAACUCGAGUUAUUAUUAUAUUGAAAGGAAUUAUGUGGGUGGGAGCUCUUAAUCUUGUGAAGCAUGAGAUAGAACAAAUCUAAUAAUAAGAGCUCGUUUAUUGUACGGAGAUGUAUAGAGGAGGCCUCGACAGAUUCAAGAAAGCUCAAUCUCUUGAACCCUUCUCUGUGUCCAACAAUUCGGCUUCCAAAACUAAUUCAGCUCCUAAAACAGAUACCCAACCUCCCGUAAAAUCCCUCAAACAUCAAAACCCACAAAAUGCUGCUCAGAGACCGGCAGUUCCUGAACCGGCCGUGCCACCUCAGCAUGUGACUCAGCUAGGUGGCGGCCAGUCCACCUGGCAACCGCCGGACUGGGCAAUAGAGCCGCGAGCCGGGGUUUACUAUUUGGAGGUGGUGAAGGAUGGGGAGGUUCUUGAUCGUAUCAAUCUGGACAAGCGAAGGCAUAUAUUUGGGAGGCAGAUUCCUACUUGUGACUUUGUGCUUGAUCACCAGUCUGUUUCUCGCCAGCAUGCGGCUGUGGUUCCUCACAAGAACGGGAGCAUCUUUGUCAUUGAUUUAGGAUCUGUCCAUGGUACAUUUGUUGCAAACGAGAGACUAACAAAGGACAGUCCAGUUGAACUCGAAGUUGGACAAUCACUAAAGUUUGCUGCCUCUACUCGAAGUUACGUCUUGAGAAAGAACACGGCCGCUCUUUUUCCCACUCCUUCACUUCCCUCAGAACUCAAUCUCCCUUCUCCUCCUGAUCCGUCUGAUGAAGAUGCUGUUGUUGCCUAUAACACAAUACUUAAUCGUUAUGGCGUUUCGAAAUCGGAGAAUAAUAAAAUUGAAAGACCGACAAAGAAGCGCAAAAGGAUAAGAGUGGCCUUCAAAGAUCAAGUAGGCGGGAGUUUGGUUGAAGUUGUCGGUAUCUCGGAUGGAGCAGAUAUUGAAACUGAACCGGGUCCAAUAGGGGUGAAGGAAGGAAGUCUUGUUGGCAAAUACGAGUCUCUUAUACAAACUACGGUAAUACCAAAAGGGAAGGAGCAAGUAUUGCCUAAAGAAGAUAGUGUUUCGCCUAAAGGGGUUACUGAUAAGCUACAACAGGUGUUCAAAAAAGUUAAAAAUAAUCCUAAAGGUGGGAUUUAUGAUGAUCUUUAUGGUGAUUCGUUUAAGGUUGGUUCUUCUUGGGCAAAGACAUUGGAGGGAAAAUCAGACAAAGGUCUUGAUUCAGGUACAGAGAAGGUUGAUGCUAAUAUUCUGGAUGAUAGCGACGAUCUAUUUGGUUGAUUUUGUAUGACGCAUGAAGAUUUUGAGUUAUUUUUGAGACGGACCAAAUUUUUGGGAUGUAUGGCUGUGUAAAAGCCAUGAGCGGACGUAUGUCUUGAGCCAGGUACAGUUCUUUCUGUGGAAUGAUCUACAAGCAGAGUCUUUCGGAUUUGUGAACAUGGACUAUCAUAUUCUUCAGUGUAUGAAAUGUUUACUUGGAAACACAUUGGCAAUGAUAGCAUCAUAUGAGCAAACCAUGAUGCUAUUAUUAUCAUUGAAUUUGAUCAUCCUCUUGAGUUAAACUUAUGCUUCGGUUGGUGUUUUGAUCCAUUUUCGCAUGCGUAAGAAGAAAUUUGAUCUUGCUGAUUA